AGAUUGGGGAUUGAUUUCGGAGGGAAUUAAGGGAGGGCUGUUUUGAUUUUUUUUUUUAUUGUUUGCUUUAAAUAGUUGAUUUACCCUAGGGUUAUGAUAUGUCAUGUGUUUGUUGAAUUUAGUUUGUUCAUAGGUUGUGACGGUUCUAGCUGUAAGCUAGAGAUUUGGGAGAGUUGGAUCUUCCUCUUCAAUUUAUGAUCCAUUGUAUAUUGUUUGUUCUCUUUCAUAUUUUCUAAAAUAAAAAAAUUGUGGUGUGCUUUUCUUCCCAAUUUCUCUUGUGGUUUGUUGAUUUGGUUGAAACUUCUUCUACUUCGUAUUAGGUAUCAUUUGGCUUUUGAAUAUUAUUAGUAGAAUUUGGUAUCUCUAUUUGCCAUCCGACCAAACUCUUCUGUGACAAUUUGUCUACACAUGCCUUUACAGACAACCCGGUCUUUCAUGCUCGAACAAUGCAUAUCGAAAUUGAUGUUCACUUUAUCCGAAAUUGUAUCAAGUUUCAUCACAUUGUUGUUUGUCACCUAGCGUCCAUAGAUCAACCAACUGACUUAUUCAUGAAAUCUCUUAGCUCUCAACAUUUUUCUCAACUUGGUGACAAGUUAACAAUUGAACCUACCAUUGUCAACUUGAGGGGGUGUGAGUAGAACAACUGAUAAGUUGAUGCAGUUAUAGCAUUUACAGCUCACAGCUCCACUAGAAAUGUUCCAGCAUCAUACCUUUACAGAACUAUUAUUUGCAGCCGUUGGAUCACUGUUACAUUCAUCUAAGCCUUUGCUUUAUAGCUGCUUCUAAUUCCUUCUCUUAAUGUAUACAUGUACUUUUUUAGCUCUAUAGUUAAUAUAGAUAUAUGUAGAAACUGAAGAUGAAUAUUCUGCUCCUCUGUUUUGCGUAUUUCCUUUCUCUUAUACUCUACUGUUCUACUACGUAAUCUCACACUGCAGGUGAUCAAAAGUUAACAAGUCCCUAUCUGAUGCAAAAUACCUACAGAAAUAGGAGAUUGGUACGCUGGAGCUGAUUUACAACCUAAUGAUUUGAUGGAGGUUGGUUUAUAAGGGUAUAACAACAGUAGAACCCAACCGUCAUAACUGCUUAUAUAUGUUUCAAUUUAUUCAGGUGCUUUCUGUUUAUUAGGUAAAACAUGCCUCAUUAUGGCUCAAUAUUACUUAUAUAUGGGCCCGUUCCCCACUCUUCUCUGCCAUCCAUUUUUAUUGUCCUCUUUCUCUUCUGAGCUCUCUCUUACUGUAGAGCGAAUGGCUCCUUUACCUUUUUCAAAUCCUCCCGAGCUGGUUGGUAGGAGGCUUUACGAGCUUCUUGAGCAGCCACAGGAGCCUUUCCUCAUGGAAGUCUACCUUCUUGAGAAUGGGUGCUCAGGCAGGAUCGUAAGGUCUCCGUCUUCACCUUCCUGCUGGCCUUUAAAUGCUGCUGGCAAGAGACUACGUAAGUUUGGAAGCCAUGGGGGCAUUAGGAGGAGCAGAGUAGCUGGCUUCCUGAGACGUGUAAUCGUCAAUCUUGUCUACUGCAAGGCCCUCAGGAAGGCCUUGCAUUUGGAUAGGAAGACCGCCGCUAAUAAAAGAUCCAACAUCUUUGAUUUCUUCUUGGUUGAGUUGCAGCAUUCUGAUGAAAGCUACCCUUCUGGUAAACAAAAUGAAUGCCCAUUGCCCUCAAGCUCCAUCAACUUAAAGGAAACUCGUGAGAAAUCCCUGUGCCAGAAGAAGGUAAAUUUUAGUAACAGUAGAAGGCUUCUGUUUGACUGCUUGAGCGACUCAGAGGGGAGAAUUUGGAACUUCCAUGGUUGUUUGAACUCUGAGCUGUUUGAAGAGUCAAUGAAUGAGCUGAUUUUUUCAUGGGAGAGGGAAAAAGGAGAUGUAACCAGCCUGACGCAGAUAGUAGUUUCAGAAUUUGCAAGACUCAGAGAGAAAAGGAACCAAUUGAAGCCUGAGGCAAGGGAGAUUGGGCUUUCCUUAGAAGCAGCUAUCUUCGAUGAUCUUAUGGAAGAAACCAUUAUGGAUAUGAUGAACUCAAAUUUUCACACAUGAGGAUUUGUUAUUGUCAAUGGGGUGGUGAAAGCCAUGUGGUGAUUAAUUACAUGCAAAACACCCACUUGUUAGGAAGUUGGAAGUAGGCCCGUGUUAUUAGGAAGUGAAGAUAUAAUUUGGGUCAGUGGAGCACACGUGAGCUUGUAUUUUCUCUGAGCUUCAGCACAUGGUGAAGUGGUCCUUUAAAUAAGUUACAGUGGCUUUACCUGAAGCUGAAGUUACAGUGGCACUAUUUGCUGGGCAAAACAAGCUCUGUGGACCACUGCAAUGGUGAUUUUUUAUCAGACAUUAUUAAAGGAUUUGGAAAGGAUGUUUAACUUUUUCAAUGGCUUGUUGUAACACUUAAGCUUGUAAUAGCUCACAUAAUCACUUGUCUCAGCUUUAAAUGGAUUCGGAAGAUUCAUAUUGUUGUUGCCUUUGGUUCACUCUGGAAACAUUUAGAGCUGCUGUUACUGUUAUGAACAAUUUUUAGUUAAUUAGAAGCUGUUAGGUUUCUUUUCUUUUUUUC